GACGGGCACCACUUGCGGCUGCGGAGCCGCGUGCAGGACACCUACCUCCACGCCGCCGACGACGGGGAGAGCGUCACCCUCAGCCAGCUCCGCGCCUCCAUGAACGCGGCGUGGGCGGUGCACAUCUACAACGGAGAAGACGGCGAUGGCUCCGGCGAAAUCUCCGGCUUCGUCUCCCGCGCCGGCUCCCGCGCCAGCUCCGGCGUCGUCUCCGUCUCCGGCUCCGGAGACGGCGACGGCGACGGCGACGGCGGAGACGGCGAUGGCUCCGACGACGGAGACGGCCCGUACCUGCUCCUCCACAGCGCCGCCUACGGCCGCUACCUCGCCGCCACGGACAGGCCGGCGCGGCCAGGGCACAACGGCCUCUGCACGGAGCUGCGCGACUACGAUCAGCCGGAGGUGGAGGCCAUCAAGUGGCGGGCUGUCGGGUCGGGCUUCGCGGACGACGUCGUCCUGCUCCGCCACGGCGACGGCCACUACCUCCGCGGCAACGGCAAGUACCUCCCCUGGAACUCCACCGGCGUCACCGUCGACGACAAGGCCAGCUCCAUGAUGUACUGGGUCGUCGAGCCCAUCCCCUUGAGAGAGGCGGGCAUGCCUGCCAUUCCUGGCCCGCUUCCGACUCGCCCAAGAUUCACGCCACGGGUGGCGGAACGGCAGAUCAGAGGCGUCGAGCCCAUCCCAGAAGAGGCGGGCAUGCCUGCCAAUCAUGGCCCGGCUCACCCAAGAUUCUCCGGCAUAUUCACUUCUCCCGGACGGCGCAUCCGGUUCGUGCGGGCGCUCGAGGACGGGUACUACCCCGAGGAGGUCAACAGCUGGCGCCAGUUCUGGUUCAGGGGGAGGUCCGCGUUCAGCCUGAGAGGCAACCUGGCGGACCUCGUCGUCGUGGACGGCCCGAACAUCGCCAUGUGCGUCCGAGCGGGCCGCUACGGGAGGCUCACCCCGCUCGUCGUCGACCUGCCCGACGGUGGCUAUGGCGGGACCCUCGAGAUCGUCGUCUUCCUGUCCGGGACCCUUGGUGAGUGA